AUGGAUAAAGCCACCGUAGGCCAGAACUCAUGGCAUUAUGGAGUCUUCAACAAUCUUGGCCAACACAUCCCUGUGACUGACCAGGUUGCUUCCCAGUGUGGCUUCACAAGUUCCACCGACCUGUACGGCAACCCAGAGAUCAGAGUGUCUUUCCUGGCAUGUUCUGUCCAGAAUCUGUUUGACCAGGAGUUCAGCCUGCAUCUGCAGGUGGAAGUAACCAGUCCGGUGAAUGUGGCUUACAACGUGUCCAUGAAUUGUCCCCUUGGUGCCCCAUGGAGCCCCCGGGAGAUUGUCUGUGAAGAAAACUACAUGGAGGUGUCCGUCCGGCGUGCGGUCCCGGGAAUAGCAAACGAAGCCCUGAAUGAAGAUUGGAUUGCCGUGUGGCCUGUGGCACAAGGGGCUAUCAACCAGGUGUGGCAAGUGGUCUUCCACUUCCAGAACGGCUCCCUGCAGAACAUGAUGGCCACUGAGGCCUACGCCUUGGGCUUCGGGGUCAACACCACAGCGACCCGCGUCCUCUUCCGCACACCCUACAGCACGCCGCAGACGGAAAUCUCCAAGGUAAGCAGCCUGGAAAUGGAGGUUGCCCGUGCUACCAUCUUCUACAAGCAGGCCUGGAUGAUCCUGAUGGUGGACACAGCCGUUGCCUGCCCUAUUAACCCUCCGGUUUUCACGGCCUCCAUGCUGAGCUGGGUGACUCCACGGAUCAUGCCAUCUCUGGUGAAGUUCCCAGACCUGUAUCAGGAUGAAACCAUAGAGAUGGGCCUGGAUGGGCGUGUGAUUGAUGCCGCCACCGUUGCGAGGAAUGGAUACAACUUCCUGAUGGAUGCCGACUUCGUCAGCAUCUCUGUCCCCAUUGGGGCCUCUGGAGGGCUCAUUGAGGUCAGUGUGAGAAGGGGGAACGUUGACCAGAAUGCCUCGGCGCUGAGCGAAGUGAUCGGCAGCCAAUAUGGCGUAACGUACCGCAUUAAGCUGCUGCUGGACCGCAGGUGGCAAGGAGAUGCGAGCGACCGGACCCGACACCGCAGCCUGAAGGACAUCCACACACCCUUUGCCCCUCAAGUGCUUGUGCUCAUCAACAGCACUGUCCCGGAGAAAGGCUACUUCGACGUCAGCUUGGGCAACUUCCUCCCUGAUGUGGCGCUGGUGACGGUGACGAUCGGCGGCAAGCUCUUGACUCCUGAAGAGCUCCCGAGCCGUGGCUGCAACCUGGCAGAGGCUCCCCAUCCCAACGGCACCAGGGCCUUCACUCUGAAGGUCCCUUUUGACGAUCCUCUGGUUCAGCAAGAGUAUCUGUAUGACAACAUCCGGAGAUACACGUUGCCCCUGGUCUUCACCCUCAACCUAGUUCCCAAGAACAAGCCUCUCGUCCACCCUGCCAUCAUUGAAUGCGAAGUCCCUGAUGUGGUCCUUCCAACCGUCGAGGGCUUCUGUGAGGUGGGAAGGAUCAGCCUGGUGAUGACCCAUGGCAAUCUGGAUCGCUACUGGGUCCCAUAUGUUGGGAAUCUGCAGCUGACGGGCAAGGUAGCCGAGUCCCAGAACUACACCGUGUGGGACGAUGGCAGCCGUUUCCACUUAUCUGUCCCCCUCCUGGCAUCUGGCUUGGUGUACGAGGAUAUCUCUCUUCAAGGAGUGACCGCCCGGCUCGACUUCAGUCUGAGGGAUAACAAGACUCUAUCUGCUAAAAUGACCUUUCCAAUUUCUUGCAUCUUCCCUGCCGAGAAACUCAUCGUGUGUCUUCCCAACGGCACAAUGGCAGCCACCGUGCUCAGUCUGGACACCAAACCUGCCUUGGACCCCAGGAGAACCCACCUACGAGAUGAGAAAUGCGGGCCGGUGGUGGCGGAUGAAUCCAGGGCCCUCUUCUCUUUCCCGGUCGCCACCUGCGGCACGACAAGAAGGUUUGAAGGUAAUUACUUGGUAUAUGAGAAUGAAGUCACCUUCAAGAGACAAAUGAUUCCAGAAGCAGAUCCAGUUAUUACCAGGGACUCCCAAUAUAGUCUGACUCUGCGCUGCCGUUACCCCCUAAAUGAGACUCUCAGAGUCUGGGCUCAACAACUCAUGGGGGGCAUGGUUACACCUGUGCCCUAUGCCUUUGGGGCCAGAGCUUACCGGCAGGGAAGAUCCAUGGAUGACCACGUCUCCUUCCAGAAGGCAGGUGAUGUUUUGGCAGGGCGAGCGCUCCCAGACUCCAAUGCGACUGAGCUUCUGCAGUGGAUAUUCAGGUGCCCCUUUGAAGAGGGGGACGUUGCCACUAAGACCUUCCUCAGCCCGACCCCUUCGGAUCUGCUGAUAGAGAUCGGACCCCGGUAA